AUGUCAAACCAAAUCAGCUCGCCAGUCGUCAACUCUUCGGGAAAGACGCGCCUGGUUGCAUCACUGGAAAGGGCAAGGCGCCGCGAAGGACCAAGUGUAGGGCAGUGGCUUGAAUUUCCGGGCUAUUCUCUGGCCAAAACAAUUGCCCCGUUAGGAGAAGACUGGGUUCUUAUAGACACAGAGCAUGGAAAUAUUGACGACAAUGGCAUGUACCUCCAAGUUGGAGCCAUCUCAUCUUCGGGAGUGUCUCCCAUCGUGAGAGUUCCGGGCUCAGAGCACUGGAUGAUAAAACGCGCUCUCGACUGCGGAGUUCACGCUGUCAUGGUCCCCAUGUGUGAGACAAAGGAGCAAGCGCAGGUUAUUGCAAACGCUUGCAAAUACCCCUCAGAGAAGUGGCCAACAGGGAAUAGGGGAGCUGGUGCUAUGUUUGCCCCCGCUGCUUUCAACCUAACUAGUCGCGAAUACUUGCAAAAGGCCAACGAGAACAUAUUGGUCAUUGUUCAGAUUGAGAGCCGGAAGGCCGUUGAGAAUGUCGAAGAAAUUGCGGCCGUUGACGGAAUUGACAUGCUUUUCAUCGGGCCCAACGACUUGGCGUCUUCCAUGGGAUAUUUUGCGUUUGAUCAUGCUUCCAUUCCAGAGGUACAGGAGGCAUCUUCCCGUGUCCUAAAAGCUGCAAGGGACGCAGGGAAGUACGUCGGUCAUUUUGCGCUUAGUGCUGCUGCUGCGGCCCAGAAAUACGAAGAAGGCUUCGAUUUCGUAAAUUGCGGCGCGGACAUCGUUGCUCUCACGGCGUGGAUGAGCAAUGAGAUGGACACCCUGAAGGCUAUUCUGGGGAAGGGCGACAAUGGGCUAACUGAGAAGAAAGACGACGUGUAA